CUUUAUUACCAAUAUAAUGUUUUUCAUUAAAUUUGUUUCCUUGCAGCAAUACAUUACAUUUUUGUCUUUUUUUUUUUAAAUCUGAGGAAUCACGACAAAACUAUCGAAAAUAGUAAUAGACGAAUUCUAUAUUAUUUUAUGCAAUAAAAUGCACGUACAAAUCAACUAUCAGUGAGUAUUUAUUGUACAGUGAGUAUUAUGUUUUAAACUGUACCGUGCUGGUGUUUAAAUUUUCGCACCUUUUGUAACAAUUUACAUUUCAUGCAGAUUACGAUAGUUGUCUCAACAUGCUGAAAAUAUUAUCAUCGAUAUCAAUUCGCUAAACAUAUAUGGGAAUUACUUGUAUCAACACGGAAUUCAAUGAAAUAAUCAUGGACAAGGAUGCUCAAGAAGAACAAACAAAUCUAAAAGACGAGCAACAAUUUUUGAUUUCUGUGGAGAGCACCCUGAACACCGUCAAAAAAAGCAUUCAUAAAUUUAUAACCGACGUUCCGCAAGCGCUCGUGAAUUCCGGAUUAGAUUUAGACUUGGAAAAACUAAAUAUAGAGAAUGAUCAAAAAAUUCAGGAUCUCGUUUCUGAUCAAACAAAUAAGGAAGAGAAAGAGAAAAUUUCAGCCCUGAGCAUGAAGUGUGAUCAAUUGCAGGGUCAACUGCAGCAACAAAUAAAUAGAAACAAAAAGUCACAGGAAGAAAUAGAAUACCUGAGAGAACAAAUAUUGAAUCAAAGUACGUACUGCGCAACUUUGGGAGCGGUUUUAGGAAACUUAACAUGGCGCGCAUCUCGAUUUCCGGAAAUCGUCGAUGUCUGGCUUUCCGGGCAUAUGAUCGGCGAAUUUUUAUCGAUAACGGACGGAAGUUUCGUUGCAUUCAUAAACACUUACCGAAAUGCUUUCCCCCCUACUUGCAACGUUGAAUAUCAGUUCAUAAUUGGAUUGUUAGGCAUUGUAACGAAUAUAUCUGCAACACCUGAGGGACGUGAAUUUUUGAUCACUGAUCCGAACGGCAGAGCUUUCGUACAGAAAAUGGUAAAACUCAUGCCGACGUUGCCACUUUCGCAGGGCUCUCUGUCUCUGAAGAGAUUGAUGCUGAUGAUAUUCUACAAUGUCAGCAUGAAUAAAACCGGACUGCAGCAUCUUUUCGAGUCGCGAGUAAGCGACGUGCUAGAUUGUUAUUUGAGGAAUAACUCGUUACCGGAUGAGACACAGUUCCUUUGUCUGCGCGUGCUACAGUCGAUGACAUACGGUCUAACAAAUCCCAAGUACAUUCAAGACCUGACCAACACCCUGCCGAUCAGCAGGAUAGAAGAUAUCGCGACUUCGAGCAAAAACGAAAUGAGCGCAGUCGCGAAACAAGUGAUAAAACAGUUGCGAGAUUCGCAAAAAUUCACUCACAGCGUAAUCGUGCACACUGCAGCACCGAUGGACUGAGAGGAAGAGGAAGAACCCUACCGGAAAAAAGGGAGGAAGAAGGGAAGAGAGAAGAAGAACGCGGCGAAUCGUCCGGAAGAGGCUGUCACCGAGCAGCUACAACUUCCAGGAUUGUUCAUAAAACGCUAAUGGAGAGCUUAUAAUUGAAAAAGGGGCGCACCGGACCGCCCGAAGGAGGUGUCAUCCGGCUGGUGAUAGCUCUAAUCUCGCAUCGUUCCUCGUACACGGGGACGCGGGAUCGUGGUUGUUUCAAUUUCGUUGAAGAUAGUGACAACCGUACCUAGGGUAGGCGCCGCGGCGCCGAGAUGGGCCCCGCUAGCAGCCGCGAACAGAUUGGGGAGCAGAUCGGUGACGAUGAUGGCCUGCAAAUCAAGGCGAAACCUACGGCCAAUAACAUCACGGAAAGUGAAUAUUCUGUGGAAGAGCAUGCAAGAUUAACUACCACUGAUGGAGUUAGUGAUGAAGCAUCUCCAGAAGAUGAAGGAGGGUCAUUAUGUGAGUACCACGAUAUACCACCUCCACCUGAUGGUGGAUAUGGCUGGGUGGUAGUAUUCGCAUCGUUUAUGUGUAACAUGAUAGUGGAUGGUAUUGCUUAUACAUUUGGCGUCUUUUUGGGAGAAUUUGUUACAUAUUUUGGAGAAGGAAAAGGAAAAACUGCAUGGGUUGGAUCGUUGUUAUCUGGCAUGUACCUCAGUGCUGGACCUGUUGUCAGUGCUUUAACAAAUAAGUAUGGAUGUAGAGCAGUAUGUAUGGCAGGAAGUAUUUUAGGUGCAGCAGCAUUUGUACUUUCAACAUUUUCGACCAGUGUAAAUAUGCUUAUGAUAACUUAUGGUAUUAUGGGAGGAAUUGGAUUUGGUCUAAUAUAUUUACCAGCUGUAGUAUGCGUAGGUUAUUAUUUUGAAACCAAACGAUCUCUAGCCACAGGCAUUGCUGUAUGUGGUUCGGGAUUUGGCACAUUUGCAUUUGCACCUCUCGCAACAAUGUUACUAGAAGAAUAUAAUUGGAAAGGAGCGAACUUAAUUCUUGCUGGCCUUAUUUUGAAUUGUGCUGUCUUUGGUGCAUUGAUGAGGCCAUUAGAAUAUCCAAAAGCUUCUUCUGUUAAACCAUUGUUACAAAGGAUGGCGGAAGAGAAAAGAUUUCAAAUGGAACGUGGAAGUAUUGGAGGUUCUUAUUUCAUGGUACAAUUACCUGAUGGAUCAAUGGAGAAAAGGAUGAAAAUGCCUAUUAAUAUCGAUCCUGGUGUUCAUUCCAGUUUCAAUUUAGACCAAUUAGUGCCUGGAACUCCUUUAACGCCAGUUCCAACGGUCCCGACCCUGCCCACUAUAUCGGAAGUGAAAGUACAAGAACACUCUUCCAGUGGCGCAACUAGUAAUAGUGGCAGUAUGGACUUAAAAAAUAUUUCCACUAAAUCAAAGAGCAGAAAGAAUAUCGAUGAUACCAAAGAUACAAAAGAUACGUCGGAAAAGUCUGAAAGCGAAUUCAAACCGAUAAUUCCCAGAAAUGCUUCACAGCCUGCUUUUACAACUCACGUACAAGGUUUACCUAAAAAUGGUUCGGUACCCUUCUUCGAUCGAAUCCGCAAAACUAGCACUAGCGAGAGAUACAAACCAAGCCUUAGCGCGAUUAAGAACUCUAGAACAACGUUGAACUCUAAUGGCGAUAUGAGAAAGAGUUUGCAUUUGAGACUUUCGACGAGCAGUGUUAUGGGCUCUCGAAACAACAACGCGGAAGUAGACGAUGGCGAAAGUAUUAUUUUUACUACCAGCAAAUCUAGUAUUCCAAAAGAGAAACAGCAAAUUCGACCGCUAUCGAGAAAGGAUAUAUUUUACAGUGGCAGCGUACUUAAUUUACCAGAAUAUCAGAGUCAAAAGUCACUUGCAAAUUAUCGUCAAAGCGUUAUUUCAUUAUCGAAAUCCGUUCGUGGGGAUAUUAAAGAUACUGACAUUGAAAAAGCGCGCCAAGAACAAGCCCUGUGUCCCUGUUUGGUAUUGCCCGAUUCGUUCAAAGAAGCUUUGGCAACUAUGAUGGAUGUAUCUUUACUAAAGAAUCCAGUAUUUCUUUUAAUCGGUAUUAGUAAUGUGUUCGGAAUGGCUGGACUAUACGUCCCUUUUGUAUAUUUAUUAGACGCUGCUGUUUUAGAUAAUAUUGACAAGACUCUUGCGUCAUAUUUAGUAUCUAUAAUUGGAAUUACUAAUACUCUGGGUCGUGUAGCUUGUGGAUACAUUGCAGAUUUUCCACAAGUAGACUCACUGUUAUUGAACAAUAUCUGCUUAAUUAUAUCAACAGUUGCUGUAGCUGCUAUUCCAUUUUGCCAUUCUUAUCCUGCAUACAUUAUUAUGAGCAUUCUCUUCGGUAUAGCUAUAUCUGGAUACAUUUCCCUGACGUCGAUUAUUUUGGUCGACCUUUUAGGACUAGAUAAAUUGACCAAUGCAUUUGGCCUUCUAAUCUUAUUCAGAGGAGCUGCAGCUAUCAUCGGUUCACCUCUGGCCGGUGCCGUUUAUGAUGCAACGCAAAGUUACAGCAUCCCAUUCUUCAUGGCAGGAUUUUUCUUCUUUGUAAGCACGGUUACUAGUUUCAUGGCCCCAGCUAUGAAACGGUGCACAACGCCGCAGACUCAGCCUGUGAUAUUAGAUACAUUGACUCCAAUUGAUGAAGAUAUUGAAGAAGAGAACGAAGAAGAUAUCCCUGAAAUCGUAGAAACUGCACCAUCUCCACAAGAACCACCUGAGAAGGAAAUUAAACAAAUAGAGUCUGUUUUAUAAAGUCUGGUCUGCAUAAGGAGAGAAAGAUAGCCUUCAUCUCCGAGCCACACUGUGAUAGGGCUACUGUUUCGAAAAUGUCUGAGAAAAGGUACUUCGUAUAUAUUUUAAUGAAUAAAGCACAAAUUAAUGAGUACGACCCGAUGGUAUUUUUGAACGUACUUAGAAUUUUUGCAAUUGUAUCUAAUUUUUUUAAUGAAAAUAAUAUAUAAAUAUAAAUAAAUAAAUAUAUGUAUGUGUGUAUAUAUAUAUAUAUGCACACAUAUAUACACACACAUACACGCAUACACGCGUGCAAUGUAAAAAAUACCAUCAGGUGGAAAACUUCAUUUGCCUAUGUCAAUAGUAGAUGAUAGAUAGAAAAAUUUAUUAACUUAAUCAGUAUAGAAUGAUCAGUAUAAAAAAUAAUGAAAAAGUGAAAAAAAUGCUUUUGCACUUGCAUAUCGAAGUAAUCUUGAAAGAAUAUUUAUCUUCAUUGUAAGUGAUAAAUAUUAUAUAAUUUAGAAUAAGAAUGGUCAAUCUCAUAUUUUUGCGACUGGCUCUCUUCUUUACGCUUGCUUUGCACCGUUAUAGUCUUUUCUAAGGAUACUUACUCGCGUUCCAUUUUUCAGCUACGAUUUAUGUGCGUCAGAAACAACGAAAGGAACGUUCGUUUAUACUAUAUCGAUUUCUCGUAUUAUUGCGUAUACCGCGACUUUUGACUUUUUGAAGUUGCAUACGUGGAUGAUUCACGUGACGAUUGACCAUUCUUAAUCGAGAACACCCCCACCUACAAGUUGUUACUUAAAUCUAUUUUUGGUCACAAUCCAAAGAUAUAAUUCCAAUUAAAUUACAUUCAGAGAGAUAUUUUUCUUGCAUACACACACAACAAAUGUAUAUACAUAUAGGCGAAAAUUAAAAAAAAAAAAAAGUGGAUUAGAUGACAUACAGAUAGAUUCGCUAUUGCGGAAAGAAUUGUAAAUAAUUAUAUAGGCAAUUGUAAAAUAGUGUAUAACGAAUUUCGAAAUUAGAUAAAUAGAAAAAAUGGAUUUCCGUUUCGGGACCUCGUUAUCGCAUGUCCCUAUAUUAAUAUAUUGAUUAUAUGGACAAUUAACAAGCUGUUAGGUAGAGAUUAAUUAAUAUAUUAACGAUAUUCAGCUAGAAUGUUUAUUUUAUUGAAUGUAUAAAGGGAAACAUCUCGUCUGAUGCGUAUAGUUUGUGUAAAUUAAUAAUAUUUUUUUUUCAGUUAACGCAGAGUCGAUUGUCGGGAAGAAAUGUGAGACAAUCGACGCGUAUUAAUUAACACAAACUAAUUCUCUCGACUAAUUUAUAUGUUGUUCGAUAUGAGCCCCGCCGUAUGUAGUUUGUCACAUGUCACUUGCAUCGUGUAAGUAACACUAAUUAAAUACCAAUUAUCGCGGGUAGGACAGAGAAUGUUAUUCAACUAUAAUAUAAAUAUAACACUUCUUAUUUACAAACGCAUACACGCCUACAACCCGUAUAAAUAUAUAAAUUAAUGUGAACCUUUAUAUGUUUAUACAUUAAUUUAUAUAUUUAUAUACACGCACAGUGACCGGGAAAUAAGAAGAUACUUGUAAAUCUUUGUUAAACGGCAUACGAUAAAUGUUAUACUUAUAUGUUGUACAUUGUAUAUACGGCGAUUAUUGGUAAAACAAUUGCGGCGAUUAAUUAUCAAUACGUACGCGUAAAACUCGGAAGAUUAAAAAAAAAAAAGAAAAAAA